CAUUAGUUAAGUAAACAAGUGGAUUUGGAAAAUGAGGGAUUUCAUGGCUAUUCUUACUUUAAGUUUUUUUGGAAUAGUAUCUGCGUGGGCAGGAAGUCGAGUAGUUGCGAUAGAUGAACGAUGGGUUUGCAAUAUAAAACAGUCGUGUAGCGAAUGUUUACAAUUGAGUCAUUGUUCGUGGUGCCCCACUGAAAAUAAGUGUUUUUCUAAUCAGCUCCCCAGUUUUGAAGAAUUUUGUAAUAACGAUAGCGUGGUACACAAGGACUACGGACUCAGCCUAGAAGAAUUCGCCGAAUGUGCCUGUACACCUCCAGAGGAGCUAAAGCAAAAUUGCAGUCCCCCUGGGGUGCAAGAGGAGGAGUGUUAUGGGCGCGGCAGGUGCUUAUGUGGCCGGUGCAGCUGCUUCUCUAUGAUUGACCAGGAACAUCCCACUAAGAUGGUGUUUGGCGAGUACUGUCAAUACGAUAACUUCUCCUGUGAUGGUCCGAGAUGUAAUGAAGGGCCUUACUCAAUAGUUGAGGAGGACGAGGCCCGAUCAUUGAAUGUAGAUAAUAUGCCAGAUGAUGUGCCUUAUUUAGAUAAAUAGGUUAAAAGAUAAUUCUCAAUCAAAGUUUAUACAAUUUAUAAUACUUACUUAGGUAGUACUAAUUAAGUACAAAACAAACCCCCAAUAUUCGAAAGUAUCGGAUAAAGCCCCCCAAUGACAUCCUCCUCAAAUAAGGGAUAUGUAGGAACGUACGUACAUCAACGAUAGAUAAAUCUGACCCUUCUAUGGUUUUGGAUUGUAUGAACGGGAGUCACGUCAUGAUUAUCUGCCGUUGACUGAACUACCUACAUUUAUUUCCAAUCAAACUAAUAUGCUCGAAACUGGUGUCCGAAGUAUAGGUACUGCUACGAUUUAGGUACUUAAGGAUCUAUUUAAAUAACUACACGCAAAAAGUUUAAAAGUAUUCUAAGUACCUAUGAAAUAAACUUACGUACAUAAAGGUACCUAGCCUGCCUGAUGAUGAUACACUAUCAGUAUCAGGCAGGAUAUUUUAGGUGUGUGGUGGUUUACAAAUGUCCACUGAAAUACAUAAAAUCACGCUACUCUCUCCGAGGGAAAGGCAAUCUUUCCAUUUGCCACGAUCCCAGCAUACUUCUUUUGCUUCAUCCACACUCAUAACUCUCUUCAUCGGUUAAGGCCUUUUGAUUUUUCAGAAUCUUUGUAAUCACGUAUUAUGCAAUAAUUUCCGAUUGUGUAAGUAGGUAAAUGGUGUAAGCUGCAGCGUCCUUUUCAAACUUGACUUCGGUUUUGAUAAGCCCUUCCCUUAUUUAAAAAUACGUUCGCAUUUUUAACUUAAAUUAGAGAAACUUGUUCAAUAGCAGGCUAUAAAGAAUGAAGAAAGAUCGUCGCCGGCGGUGGUUUUCAGAGUGCGCGCUCGAGCGAAGAAUCUGCGCCUCAAUUAGGGAAUUGAUAUGAGCGCGUCUGCUUCGGAUGGCUCAUCGGACUCGAGUGGCUGCCCGUUAUGGUACGCGAAAUUAGAUUUCAACGAGGCUAUUUUCUUCUUCCAUGGCUCCAACUUUUAUUUCCUUGAGAUCCAUCGAGAGUCUUCGCGGAAAUCGAUGAUUGGCACUGUGGGCGGGUCAUUAAAUUAAAAUGAGUAGAUAAGUGUCUCCUUGCAUAGUGACCACAUUUAAUAUGUAAUAGGUAUUUACAUCAGGGAUAGUAGGUACCGAGAGAUAACUAAAAAUUCUUAUGCUAAAAUAAAGUGCAUAAAGUAAAAAAAAAAAUUCGUACAGUAUAGAAAUUUUUUUUUCGCGACGCAUCCGUCGCUUCACGAUUUAUUCAUAUUCCCGGAAUUUACCUGUUGGUAUAUUUUUAUUUCUCUCCUUUAAGAUUAGUUGGUAAGUACUCACAAAGAUAUUAUCUGAUUAAAAGGUUAUUUUUAUUUUAUUUAUUUUUAUUCAUCUUUAUUAGGCAAACAAACAGUUACUUAUUAAUAUCUAUUAUCUUAUAAUAUGAUACAUAAACAAUAAAGUUUCCUCUGUUUACUAAUACAUCGUAAAGACAAGAAAAUUAUAAAUGUAGGUACUUAAGUGUGUUACAUAUUGACAAAAAUUUUAUAAAGUUUAUAUUAAACAAAAAGCCAUUGAUUAGUCGCAAAAAUGUUGUCUUUAAACUUAUUUUAGUAUAAUGAUCUUAUAUUUAACUAUAUGACCUUAUGGAUAAGUUGAAAAAAUCAAAGUCAUUGUACCUAAAUGUUAUUGUAACUACGACAAGCGCGGUACAAGAAUGUACAUAUUCCGAAUGUAAUUAGUUUUAGCUUAAGGAACAUCGAAAAGUAAUUCAAUUCUAGAAUUUGGCGACGGCAUUUUUAAAUAAAUAUAACUUACCAAAUGUAGAGAUGCGGCGACUAGUCAGUGACGGCAAGGUUUCUGUAAUUUUAUCAUAUAGCGGUUUUCAAAAAAUUUAUAUUGUAUCACUUUUUUUUAUUCCAUUCCAUUUUGGCUCCAAACGAUAGACGCAUACUCUAAUACCUAUGGGUCAUACAAAGGCAUUAGGUAUAUAAAAGCAAUCUCGUUGAAUUAUAAUUAAAUUCCCUACUGAUACGUAAAACAAAACCCAACAUUUUGUAAGCUUUAAAAUACUGAGUAAGAUUAGAAAAUACUUUUAAAACAUUAUAGUAGGUACCUAAGUAUUUAAUUUAAUUUCUGUUCAAUAAUUGUGGUGAAAUUUAGACGUCGCGAUAGGAGCUCGUGGCAUCCAAUUGAAUUAGGGAUGGAGCGCGGAAAUUGUUUUAGUGUCGAUGAAGCAACGCCUGCGAAUUUCCAUCGUCAUCACAGAACGACAAUACGUUUAAAAACGUGGCGAGAAUAUUGAACAGAAAAAGUAAUAAAUACAGAAAAGAAAUAUUUAAUGGAUUUUAAUGGUAUCCGUCAGUAAGAUACCAUGAUCUCCUAAAUGAAAAUUAAAAAUUAUAAACAACUCUAAUAGAAAAUAUUUAAUUAGAUACCUAGGUAUAAUAUCACGUGAAUCAUUAGGUAUAGUAUUAUUGGUAUUUAUGGCAUUACCCAAGGGUAAGUAAAUAAAGGUUAAAGGCAAACAAUUUUAAAAACUUAUUCAUUCCGGACCCAAGGUUCUCCUGGAGGACUGUUCUGGGGGUGCUAUGGGAACUUUUAUUCGGAUCCGUGGCACUACCUACAUAUGUCAAGUAUGGUGUUAGAACGUAAUACUUCUUAGAGUGAACAUGGAUGUGAGAGUUUUAAAGUAGUAGGUAACCAUUUUAAAGGCUGAUUCUGUUUUUGAUCUGUUAUACAAUUUUUACUUCGACGAUAUUGAAUAAUCGCCUAAGCAGAGUAACGUGCCCUGAAUUUCAAGAGGGGAAUAAGAUGUCAUGGAGAUUGGUAGAUAUAUUGCACAAUAGGGGAGGACAUCACACAUAAUAAUAUGGCAUUGGUAUUCCGGCGUUGGAAAGAAUGCACGUUCCGUCGCCGGGGGCGGCGUCUCCUCGGGUGCUGCGGGGUUCUCACAUACCGUGGCACCAUCCUACGCUAUUUGCUUUUAAAAUCCUCUUCGGUGUAAAUUCGAACAAACGGACGAUCCAAAGUGAUGAAUUAGAAGUGCGUAUCCGAAACUUAUAAAUAUCCUAUUGUAAAGACGAAGUUAGUAGGUAUGCAAAGUCGGUCGUAACAUAUUUUUAGGUAGUUUAUUUACAAAAUAUUUCUGCAUCAGACUAAACUUUAGUAAAAAAAGCUUGCUGUAUUCCAUUUCAUUUCAACUUGUAAACAAUUUAAAACUUUGCCAACAUCUCUAUUGAACAAACGCUUUAGAAGAGAACAAGGUGCAAUAGUGGAAUUUUGUUCUGAACUAAUAUAAAAACACAAAAAAUGUAAUUUAAGAAGAAAGAAAAGGUUAUUAUCGUUUCUGAAUUAAAUUGAAGGAAAAUAAACGGAAUUCGGAGGAAAAGUCUAGGUCGAGUUGAUGAAUAUUUAUAUAGCCGUACUUGUCCUUAAAACCCUCUUCAUAAGCUCCCAUAAAAUAAUCCAAAAUCUGGUGAACCUGACGGCGGCAGUUUAGAAAAGAGAAAGUUGUUUUUAUAUAAAACUACAUAUAUGUAAGUAACAGAUAUGAUACAGUUAAGUACUAGAAUAAAAAUAAUUGCCGCUUCUACUUAUUUUUGGCAGA